AGGUUGGCAACCGAAUUAACGUUGACAAGUUUUGGCAUUAGUUGUUAUUGUUUUUAAGAGUUUUGGAUAACGGCUUUGCGGUUUCUAUGAGCACAACACAGCAAUUGCGCCAUUUCUCAUGAAGUAGUGAAUUCAGAGUACAGUGUUAGUGAGUUUAAGUCAAAAUUGUCAAUAGUCAAUACGGUAUUACGGAUUACAAAAGACAAUUUACAAUUUAUAUACUCCAGUUUGUUAUUACUUUAUACUAUUAGUUAAUAUACGUGUACUUCGUUUUACGUUCGCAAUUGAAAAAUAUAUCCAUUGUGUGUAAAUUAAUUUAUUUAAUAAUUAUGGCUAAUCUGUCAUCGGUGUAUAAGAAAAAACCUAAUCGUCUCUACAAAAUGUCUAUUGGAGAUGAAGAAAAUUUCGAACCCCCAAUACAAUCAUCAACUCCAUCAAAAUUUUCUAAAAAGAAUUCAAAAAGAAUUCUCAAGGAUAAUAAUUCAUUAAACAUAAGUGUCAUUAAUAAAGAUGACCGAAACAAAACAAUAAAUGUAGAAACUUAUUGCGACAAACCUAUACUGCCUGUUAUAGAAGAAAAUGUUAAGUACGGUCGAGUAGCAGAACUUUUUUGUAGUGAUCCCGAAGAUGAACCUACCGAGAAAGAAAAUUUAACCGUCACCACAACAAAUGAUUCCGACGAUAAAUGGACUACUUUUUCAGAUAUUUCUGAAGAUCGAAGCUGUAGUAAUGUUACGGAUUUACUAGCUGAAAUUGAAGCAGAUGUCGAUAUCAGAUUUAAAAAACCACCACGAAGAUCAUAUCCCGGAAGAAAAAGAAUAAACAAAAGUUUGUUUGAAGAGAAAGAAGAAGAAGAAAUAGAUGUACAAAAAAAAAAAAAAUGUAGAAAACAUAAACAAAAAAAAAAGGAUCCACAAGAAGAAGCAUUUGUACAAUCGAUGAACGAGCAUUUCGGAGAUAUUGAAUCUUUUAGUUUAGCAGUGGAAUAACUGAAAAAGAAAUGAAUAAUCACUGAGUCUGAAUUUAAAGAUUUUCCAAUAUUUUUUCAAAAUUUGUUAUUGUAAAUUAUUAUAUAUAUUAUAUUAUUAUAUGUCUUAUGUUAUAUAAAUAUUUUUCUAAAUCUUUGUGCUAAAACCAAUCUUAUAAUUGUAUUAAAUUGUUUUUUAGAUUUAAGAUUAACUAUAAUCAAUUAAAAGCAUGGACAUAUUAGAAGUAACUAAUUAUUGUUUAUUUUAAUGAUAUGUACUAUUAUUAAGUCUGUUUAAUACAUUUAUUUAUUUUUAUAGUAUCUAUGUUAACUUAUUUUUUAUUUUAUCAAUUUAAAAUCUGUGAAAACCACAAAUUAGUGAAAAUGGUAGUAUGCUACUGCUACCUACUCUACUUUGUUGGUGUAGUAUGCUAUCUACCUACUAAACAUGUGAACGGGUGUUUACCAUUUUGACACACUGAUUAAUAGCAAUUUAUUUACUAAAAUAUACUUGAUGUAUUGAUGAUCAUCAUUGUUAAGUACUUUAAUACGUUAUACAUUAUUAUGCUGUGUUUACGUUAUCCCAGAAAACUUCAAAUAUAUUGACAAUUGUGGUA